GGCUCUGGACUUCAUUUGUGUGGUCCGAGUGUAGAUUAAAGAGCUUCCGAGCUAACGGUCAAGCCAAAGUGUCUGCCCGUCAGUACCCCAUUGAAGAGAAACAGUUGCAUGGGUUUGGGAUUAGCUUGUGUAACUGGGUACUUCAGUGAAGAACCAGUAUCUGUUGGUGAUCAUGUAGUACGAGAGGUUACGAAGACUUAAAUUGCAAAAAUAAACUGAGGGCGAUUUAGCGAGAAAUGACUGUAAAUUUAUAUCUAUAAUAUUUCAGUGAGGAAUUAACUUCUCCACGUAUCACUCAUCUCUUCCUUUUCAUUUCAUCAUCCUUGUCCCCAUCUAGUCGCUUGACUUGCCAUCUUUUGAUUUUGGCUUGUUACCUCUCGAUCGUGUUCACAGAGCCCCGAUAAUUACGCGUAACCAUUCCCUGCUCUCUCUGCUGUCACUGUACUAUCCUUAUCUGUGAAGCUUGCAGCGACUCUGUCAGUUUGUUAAAUAACAGCAGUCGCUUCUCUCGCAUCGCCUGUGUGAGGCCAGUAACACAUGCUGCAAUUUUUCCCUUUAUAAUUUGCCUGAUGACCACCACCAGCCUUCUCAUCACUCAUUGCGAGGACCAGAUCUCACAGAGUCUGAAAAGAGCUACGUGGAGGCAGUCUGCAAUGAGAUCAUGAACAUUGCAGAAAAGUCUGUUCAUUACUGCAGUAACCUUUCUCACCCGCUUCACUCUCGGCACAAGGUGUCUGCCCACAACAGUAAACCAUCUUUGAUCAUUUCUCAGCAACCUCGGGGACAGCAGCAAGGGACGAGCCCGGAGCGGAAACUGGCUGCGACUGCCCUCUUCCAAGCGUUGUACAGCUACGUCCCGCAGAACGAAGAUGAGCUGGAACUUCGCGAAGGGGACAUUGUGGAUGUGAUGGAAAAGUGUGAUGAUGGCUGGUUUGUUGGAACAUCCAGAAGAUCUAAACAGUUUGGUACCUUCCCAGGCAACUAUGUCAAACCACUGAAUUUGUAGAGCAUGGGGCCGUGGUGGACUUUUGAUGAAUAAACAGCUCUUGUCCUCCAAUUCAACCCUGACACUGGUAGAGGGUCCAUGAGCUUUUGAUUGGAUUGAACAGUCUGUAACUUGGCCUAAACAUUCUGCUUACAACAUGGUGUCUUUCCUUUCACUGACCAAGGAGCACGCUAAGCACGAGAGAGAGUGUGAGUGGUAUGUGAGCAUAAGGUGUGAGAUUGCUGUUGCAUCGACCGUAUUGACCCAGGGAAUGGACAAGGACUGGAUCUGUUGAAAAGGGGAAGACAACUACCCACGGUAGCUUAAAGUCGGACUCCCCUUUCUACACGGUACUUGGGCAUACGGUCUGGAUGAGACACAGAACAGGAAGCUUGGGGACAGCGGAGUUUCUGAUAGGGAUUGGGCGCAAGAUUCGGAGACAGGCCAGCAGUUGUGCUAGGCCUGAGUUUUCACAAUGUGGAGAAUAGAAUGGAACUCUAAAAUGCAGAAGAAUUUCUAGCCAUGGGUAACCCUUUACUACUUGUCGCAGUGCAUGUUCUCUGAACCGUCACCUCUCAUUUCUCUACUGUGGGUUUCGAAUUGUUUUAUUGGAAAUGGAACACCGGUAAAACAUGCACCUCAUCCUCCAGAUGAGGAAAUGUCACUCCCAGUUUGGCAAAGGUCUCGCAGCUAUUCUUUUUUGGGCUAAUGCUUUUAUAGAGCGGGUUUCUUUAACACGUGUUAAUAGUCAGUAACAUCCACUUAGAUCUGCAACACUUGUAGUAUUCUUCAGCCACACAACCAGUAAAUAUAUAAUAAAAAAAAAAGCACACCUUUCCCAAGCGGGUAUCAACCCACUGCUGGGGUAAAGCUUUGUGUAAAUAUGUACAUUUGAUUUUGUACAAAAUUAUACUGUAUAGAAAAUAAUAAUUUAACAAAAGAAAUUUUAAAUGGCAGACUGAAAGCAGAAAAACAAAACCCAUACUUUUUGGAGCUGUUUUACAAUUUAUUUGCAAGGAACGGAACCUCGGUUUGAAGGAAAGUACUUUGGAGCACCAAAAGAAAGCACAUAUGAAUUGUUUAUUUUUUUGUUUUUAAAACCAAAAUCAUCACCGUCGGGGAAAUCCUCCUCCUCCCUUGUCUGUACAAACAGCUCGGCAGCAAGAUCACUUUCUGUUUACCGUUCAGAUAUAUCCCUUCCUCGGCACCAGUAAAUUACUGAUGGGCUGCAAUAUACUGACUGUACAUAUUCAAAACACUCAUGUAUUUUAUUUACCACUUUUCAGUGAGCUGCAAGUCUUUAUACCCAUGAAUUGUAGCACAUUUUCUGUUGAGCUAUUUUCUUUAUUGCCGUGCUUCGGGAUGCGUUAAUGAAGAUAAGAGCCUCUAUUGACUGCUGUGGUUGCAAAAUGCAAUAUUUAAUAAACUUUAUUCAAGCCAUGGA